AUGGAGUCGUGCUUUGUGUCUCGUCCCUCCGUCAACCCCAUGCGGCACUUCCUCGCGUUAUUACGCUCGCAUUUGACAGAAUCUGAUAUGGACUAUGAGAGGCCCAACGUUGAAACCAUCAAGUGUGUGGUGGUCGGAGACAACGCCGUCGGAAAGACCCGCCUUAUUUGCGCUAGGGCCUGUAACGCUACACUCACACAGUACCAGUUACUGGCGACGCACGUGCCUACUGUCUGGGCUAUAGACCAAUACCGAGUAUGCCAAGAGGUGUUAGAGCGUUCUAGAGAUGUGGUGGACGAUGUCAGUGUUUCCCUUCGACUUUGGGAUACUUUCGGAGACCACCACAAGGACAGACGUUUUGCAUACGGCAGGUCUGAUGUGGUGGUACUGUGCUUUUCCAUUGCCAAUCCUAACUCUCUGUACCAUGUGAAGACCAUGUGGUACCCGGAGAUUAAACACUUCUGUCCCCGUGCGCCGGUCAUCCUGGUAGGCUGUCAGCUGGACCUACGCUACGCAGACUUGGAAGCGGUGAACAGAGCACGGAGGCCUUUGGCCAGACCUAUUAAAUCCAAUGAGAUACUUCCUCCAGAGAGAGGUAGGGAGGUGGCCAAAGAGUUGGGAGUACCAUAUUACGAAACCAGUGUUGUCGCUCAAUUUGGAGUUAAGGACGUCUUUGACAACGCUAUCCGAGCUGCGCUCAUAUCCCGCCGCCACCUACAGUUUUGGAAGUCCCACCUUAGAAACGUGCAGCGGCCGCUCCUUCAGGCGCCCUUCCUGCCGCCGAAACCCCCACCCCCCAUAAUCACUGUGCCGCCUCCCCCGACGACCACAGAGGAGCACCCGGUCGGUCUUCUGGAGGACCCACACUGUGCUGACGUCAUCCUGGUGCUCCAGGAGCGGCAAAAGAUUUUUGCACACAAGAUCUACUUAUCGACAUCGUCCUCAAAGUUCUACGACCUCUUUAUCAUGGAGACCCAAAACGAGGAGACGGAACGGCCCUCUCGCGGUCCACUCUCGGGCAGAGAACUGUUGAUGCGUGCAGCGAGUUUCGACGUGUGCGAGAGCAGUGACGAAGGAGACAGGGCCAACUUGAGAGCAUGUACCAGUGACGGAACCCUGAAAGACUCGCAGGGAGGCAGGCGGGGGCGCUUGCUUUCCUCCUGGAGCCGAGCGUUUGUGAGCAUUCAGGAGGAAUUGGUGGACGAUCCCAUCACGUACAGCCCCAGGCCCAUGACUGUGGUGCACAUGGACCAGUCCAUGCAACUGGGACCCUUUCGAGCAGUGCUUCGCUACCUGUAUACGGGCCAGCUGGACGAGAACGAGAAAGAGCUUAUGCACAUUGCCCACAUCGCCGAGCUGCUUGAGGUGUUCGAUUUGCGCAUGAUGGUGGCAAACAUACUCAACAAUGAAGCCUUCAUGAACCAAGAAAUCACCAAAGCCUUCCAUGUACGCCGAACAAACCGGGUCAAAGAGUGCUUGGCUAAAGGAACCUUCUCUGAUGUAAACUUCAAAUUAGACGAUGGAACCAUUAUGGCCCACAAGCCUCUGCUCAUCUCAAGUUGUGACUGGAUGGCAGCUAUGUUUGGUGGACCUUUUGUGGAGAGUUGCACCAAAGAGGUUCUGUUUCCCAACACCACUCGCAGCUGUAUGAGGGCUGUGCUGGAGUAUCUUUACACGGGCCGCUUCUGUUCUCGUUCUGACCUGGACGCAAUGGAACUUAUUGUUCUUGCCAAUCGUCUCUGCCUCCCCCACUUGGUUGCACUCACAGAACUCUACACGGUAACAGUGCUGACGGAGGCAGCAAUGAUGGGUGCUGACAUUGACGGAGAGGUUUUGGUUUAUCUUGACAUGGCUCAGUUUCAUGGAGCCCAGCAGCUGACUGGCUGGUGCCUUCACCACAUCUGUACUAACUACAACAGUGUUUGCCGCAAGUUCCCCAGAGACAUGAAGGCCAAGUCUGCAGACAACCAAGAUCACUUUGAGAAGCACCGUUGGCCGCCAGUGUGGUUCCUGAAGGAGGACGACCACUACCAAAGAGCACGCAAGGAACGCGACAAGGAGGACUACUUGUACCAGAGACGGCAAUGUAAACGCAAGUGGCUCUUCUGGAACCUUCCUUCUGCUCCCAACUCGAACUCUUCUUCUUCUAGUUCAUCUGCUGUCAUCUGA